ACAAGGACAUGAUGCCAUACUAGGCCGUCCAGGGGUUUGUUGCUGUCAAAGUAACGUCGUACCCAAGGUCCCUCUUCCGGUCAUGAACCUUUUCUUUGUCUUCUGAUUCUAUGUUUGUCCUUUUUUCAUCUACUUUUGUCUUUCUCCAGCCGUCUGUGCGUCUGCUUCCUCCUUUUUAUUGUUGCUCAGUCAGCCUUCUCAUCUAAAUAUCUGCAUAUAAACCGACACUCAUACAUUCUUCUACCCCUUCCAAUAUAUAUCUCAGGAGCAAGAGUCUGUGGGAAACAAAGGGAGAGGAUGUCGGGCGAUUGGGGGCCAGUAGUGGUGGCAGUGGUGCUGUUUGUGGUGUGUUCACCGGGGUUGCUGUGUCAGCUGCCUGGAAACAAAAGAGCAGUAGAAUUUGCCAACUUUCAGACGAGUCCGAUCUCCAUUUUUGUUCACACGAUCAUAUUCUUUGGCCUAGUCACCAUCUUUGUGAUAGCUAUUGGCAUUCACAUCUAUUCAGGGUAGCAUA